UUAAUUUUGAUUGUCUUUGGAGACUGAAUUUAGAUUAUUUGGUGACGUUUACAGAUCGAGACGGAUAAUUGCACGCAUUAAUACCUGCCAACUUCCUUUCUUAAAUACAUAAGUAAUUCUUCGCAAGCAUACGCGUUCUUGAGAAUUUGUUUUAUUUAUAUUUGUUCCUUCGUUAUUAUUUGUUCUAUCCUUAAUAAUUUCAAUAUUCUAUUAAAUUUGCUUGUUUAUAACCGCAAUUCAUCCGGUACAUUAGCUAGGGUGAAUAGAACAUAUGUGUGUGUAUGUAGUUACUGAAACUCAGUGACGAUAGCGACAAACUUGAUGCACAAAAUAUUACUUGCUUCUGCCAGAAUAUCAGAAUACAAUAUUACAAUACUAACUUAAUAGAUGCCGUUAUUGAACAGAAGAGAUUCUGACGUUAUUUAUACAACAUGGGAGAACGUUUAUAUAGCUGGCCAUCCGAUAGAAUUGGAAAAGUUGCAACUGCACUUUACAUGCACAGAGCUCCAGCUGUCCACCCGCAACUUUAUCAACAGCCUCCUCCCACUUCGUUGUCAAGCGGCUCUAUGGUUGUUGAUUACAACAAAUUGACCGGCAUCGAACAGCGGUUCAAUAGUGGCACCAGUGGGCUCCCACCUAACACACCAGCGAUCGGUACCAUACAUGAUAUUAGCAGUAGUUCUUCCUGCUGUCGUCGAACCCGUUAUAUGCCCUACAAUGUUAACCGCAAUGGUGUUGAUCCGUCACUGAGCAGCCAUCUUUCUGAACACCAACAAUCACAACAACAGAAAAUGUCUUCCUAUAUUUAUCACUAUGCAACAAUCCACCAACAGCAUGGAAAUUUAAAUUUAAAGCAAACCAUGCCCUCUGCAAUUUCCCCAAUCGCCCAUAGUACACAAUUUUUUAGCUCGGCUUCCACUAUCAAUUCAGUUAAAAGUCUCGAGAAUCCUCCUUUAGUCACCAGUGUGGUUAUGCCUUGCUCUAGUGUUGUCACCACCGUCGUGGGCAACGGAGUGCUGGGUGGCACAGUCUGUAACGAUAACGAAGGACGCAACUUCCACAACGGAUCUGAUGUCGACGACGCUGUGACUUUGCAGAUCACCAACCUGGAUUAUUCGCUGGACGACUCCAGUUUGCGUAGCUUCCUCAUGAAUCAGCUGAAUCCGAUCACUCCGGUAGUGUCGCUUGUUUUGGAAGGUAGCUCUUAUGCUAAAGUAACUGUUCCUGAUCUUUAUUUUGCCAAGCAAGUUGUCUCGAAUUUGCACCGCAAAAAGAUUGGACACAAGCGUAUGUUGGUCAGCUAUACGCGCGAUUCUUCCACAACUGAGGUCAAUACACUUCGUUGCCAGGUUGCUGGACUACUAAAGGAUGUUCCGUACUAUACAUUGCCAAUGUAUAAGUUUCGAGAACUUUUUCAGUCGCGCUUUAAAACCUCAAUCAGUGUUCUGGAUUUGUACAAAAUGCAGGAUAUCUGUACUAUUAAUUCAGACAACAAGGAGGAAAAGUUUAUUAGUUUACAGCCAGACCUAGUAAAUACUUUGGAAAGUUCUCCUCUAAUGGAAGGGCUGCAACACAGCGUUCCCUAUUGUACGGUACAUUUUAAAAGGGAGCAGCAUAAAGGAUGGGCCGAGCAAGACCUUGAGCCUUUGCCCAAUGUGUGCAUGAAAAUUUCCGAGAUCCAACAAUUAAUUUAUCCGUUGUUGAAGAUGCACCCUGGAGAUAUUCCAGUGGCUACCCUAAUUCAUUGCAUUGAAGGUCAACUUAAAGUGCCGAUAGUGGCGAAUGAUAGAGGCAUUAACCUGGAACACUUGAUAUGCUGUGUCCAGGGUAUUCAGAUUCAAGUGAACACCUUCGGCAUUAAAAUUUUAGGCUGGUUCGAACUGAACAAAGAAUUGAAACCGUCAUCGUCAAUGGAAUCAAUUAACUGCAUUCAUAAUAAAAAUAAUAGCAAUCUGAGUGUUAGUGAUCGAAGCUGCUUCUUUAAAAACUCGGCUGCAGAUCCAUUAUUUCAAAUCUCUCGUGAAGUUAUUGAGCUGGUUAAGAUGUCACCCAAAUCCACCAUUAAGUUUAAUCGUUUUAUUCCGGCAUACCACAACCAUUUCGGAAAGCAAUGUCGAGUGGCUGAUUACGGGUACACCAAGCUAAUCGAGUUGUUCGAGGCUUUAUCAUCUAUCGUACAAAUUAUGGGUGAUGGAGAAUAUCGUCAAAUCACGCUGACCCACCGAACUCAGAUACGUAGAUUCACCUCAGAUCUGUUUCGUGUUUUGCGUGCUAGUGGUAACAAUUCGCUGUUACUUUCUCAGCUACCUGUUAUUUUUAGUCAAACACAAAGUCGUAAUUUUGACGUUACAGAUUAUGGCGUUUGCGACAUUGUUGAUAUAUUAGACAGUCUCGUCAAUUCAAAUAUCAUCGUCUUAAGCCCUGUACAUAAUGGCAAAGAUAAGCUUAUAUCGAUGCCAAAACGUAAACAAACAAGCAGUGAAUUGGAAAAAACCUUUGUCUUUGCCGGAGAAAUGGUGGAACUUUUUCAAAACGCUCUUCAGUAUACUAUUCUUUUUCAAAAGUUCGUACGGUCUUAUCACUACCAUUUUGGCUACCAAUGUCGACUCAGUGACUACGGCUUUCUAAAAUUAGCUGAUCUUCUGGAUGCCAUAACGGGUUUGAUAGACAUGGAGACAACCAAUGACGAGGACAAAAAAAUAGUGCUCUCGCCAACUAUAGCCAGACGUGUCUUUGCGGAGCAAUGCGAAACGCUAAUACGCAACUCAACAGGUAAUACUACAAACUGCAUGAAAUUAGAUCAAGUGCUGAAGCUGCACAAAAAAAAGUUCGGCUAUCAAAUUCAGCCUCAGACCCUUGGGGUAUCAUCUAACAUGAUCAAGGCAGUUGAGAUGUUACCCUACGUUGAGGUGAAGCAAAAAGACCACGACACUUGGCUCAUUUGUCACAAUAACAAUCUCGACUUUCGUCUUAUAUGCUACCGGGUAUGCAAACUUCUUCUUAAAAAUGAGAAUGCGGAACAAUCUACUGCCUUGGUAGUAAUGUCCGGUUCUAUCAGACCGUGUUCCGUCAAAACUUUAUUAAGCGACUUCAACGCUAAGCACAAAGUACAGCUCACCGAAUCAGCUCUUUUAGCUAUGCGACAUUUGAUUGAAAUCUACAACGACCCCGAUACUGAGAUACAAUCUGUGCGGCUUACCAAUUUUAUGAAGUUCUUAAUGAACAUUGUGCGUUUGCUUGAACAGCGUCCCAAUAUGUACGUGUAUGAGAUAAGGAGCGCUUUAGAAUGUGGCCUCACCACCACAUUUGAGUUCGGGUUUCCUAACCUAUACUCAAUUAUUGCCGCUUAUGAUGACAUCUUUACGAUUAACAAUGGUCCAACACAAGAAAGAAGCGAUGUGACUUUAAAUAACAACUGUGAGCUCCGUCAGAGUAACCACCCGAAUUUGUUUGGUUCGGAAAAGAUGACAUAUGCGAAACCUAGAACCCAGCAACGUAACUUCAGUACUUACAGUCAGGCGCCACCCCCACUGAAAAUACGUGCGUUAGGUAGUGAUUUCGCCCCUGGGUUUGUCUCCAACUUGUCAUUUAAGGCAGAGGUGAACAACUUGCAAACUUACCAGGAGUCUGGAGGAUUAAUGCUAGCGCCAAAUAAAAGUUCACCACCGAGUACCAACUCAUCAUUGCUGAGUAGCCUUGAAUCCUGUCGUAGCAACUAUAGUUUGUACAGUAACUGGUUUAACAAGGAGAAAUCGAUGCAUGACUCGUCUCUUAAGCUUUUUAACAGUUCCUUUAACUCAUCUGGUGAUCUAAACGCUAGUUUAGGAGCUGGUGACUUGACCAAUAUUACGUCAAGCACUGCUAUUAUGGCUGACGCAGCGUUAGAUGAGCGGUCAUCGUCAAAACUUUGGCAUCGGCGGCAAGCUAGCCUCUACAAGCAACCAAUUCAAAAUCAACUUCAAGCUCACCCUCUGGGUCAUCAUUCGGAAAUUGAUACUGGAGAACUUUACGAAUCGAUUAAAUCCUUAAAUGAGUCACAGAAUCUUAAUACGGCACCACCAGAGAAAAUACCGUUUUGGAUCGAUCCUAUAUGGAGCAAUAGAUUUGAGCCAUAUCCAAACAACAAUAUACUUAAUAUUCGUCUUCCCGAACUUAAAUCAUCACACAAAGUCAUCCCCACAAUGUUACUCUCACCUUAUACCAUUUCAAAAAACGAAAAUUUAAAGCGAAAACUAUUUAACUUCGAUAACCAUGAUCGUAAUAUUGCUUAAAAUUGCGCGCCAUAACAAGUUUCCGAAGACAUUUUCUCUUUGCCUCUGUUAUUAAUAUCUUCAAGUAACCACGAGCAUAAACGAAAUUAAAUAGUUGGUAUUUUUAUGUUAGUUGAUUAAACAAGUAUUUUUUAAUAAUAAAUUUGUUAUUUUUUUUAAUUUGAAGUAAAAAAAUGUUAUUGGCAAUUCUAUUGUAAUAAUAAUUAAUUUAUUUAAUAAAGAAAAUAUUAUGUAUCAAUGUUACA